AACAACAACUACUUAGUGCUUUCUAGAAAAAUUGUUGAAUCGGCGUCUACAAAGAUUUUUUUUAAAUUAUAUUAUUUAAGUGAAUAUUUAACGGAACUUUUCUAUAUUCAUUUUCGAAAUUUAUACUCCAUUAGAGUAUUUAGAGCAUAUUUCAUAAAGUUGCUGACCUGCUUUUAUAAAAGAAUACCUGAUUAGACCAUGGCCUUAUAUAAAGGUGCAGCCAGUGAAGCUGGCAGGGCUUUACAAUUGAAAAAAAAGAGAGAAAAAGCUCUAGAAGAAUUGGAACAUAGAAAAAGAAAAAUUGAAGAAGAAAUGAAAUUGUCUGAUAUUGAAAACAAAUUUGCUGCUCAUUAUGAUGCAGUUGAACAGCAGCUGAAAUCGAGUACCAUUGGUUUAGUGACACUCGAUGAAAUGAAGGCUAAGCAGGAAGAUGUAGUCAAAGAAAGAGAAAGACAAUUAGCUCAGAAACAACACGAGAAAGAAUUGCAGAGGCAGAAAGAAAUGAGGGAAAAGCAAGAAGCCAAAGAAAGACAAAAAAGACAAAUUGCAGCUCUUUCUUUUCGAAUGGAUGAUGAGGAAGAAGAAGAAUGUAGUGAAGAAGAGGAAAGUGUUUCGUCAUGUAAAGACGUAAAAACUUUAUCAGAUUCGGACAACAGCAAUUUAGAGCCUGCUAUAAAAAAGAAGAAAAUUACUAAAAAUCCAGAUGUGGACACUAGCUUUUUACCUGAUAGAGAAAGAGAGGAAGAAGAACGAAAAUUACGUGAAGAACUUCGUCAGGAGUGGGUCCAAAAGCAAGAAAAAUUAAAAAAUGAAGAAAUUGAGAUUACUUUCAGCUAUUGGGAUGGUUCUGGUCAUAGAAGAAGUGUGAAAAUGAAAAAGGGCCACAGUAUUUAUCAAUUCCUAUUGAAAUGCCUAGAAGUGUUAAGGAAGGAAUUUCACGAACUGAGAGCAGUCACAGGGGAUCAGUUGAUGUACGUAAAAGAGGACUUGAUAAUCCCUCAUCAUUACACAUUCUAUGAUUUUAUUGUAACAAAAGCGAGAGGAAAAAGUGGUCCCCUCUUCAGCUUUGAUGUCCAUGACGACGUUCGCCUUGUGAGUGACGCAACAGUUGAAAAAGAUGAAUCCCACGCGGGGAAGGUCCUUCUUCGUAGUUGGUAUGAAAGAAACAAGCAUAUUUUUCCUGCUUCCAGGUGGGAACCCUAUGAUCCAACCAAGAACUAUGAUAAAUACACCAUAUCAGACAAGAAAAAAUAAUUAUUUUAUUUUGGCUUUGGUUUAGGACUUGUCAGAAUCAAAUCAUCUCAUUGUGGUCAUGCACAACCUUGUGACCCUCCAGUGGUCAGUGAGCACUGACAACUAUAUAGCUGAAAAAAAUAUUGUUAAAUAAUGCUGUAUAACUUGUAUAAAAAUAACUUCUAAUUGUUUUUCAAACAAAUUUCAAUACAAUUCUUAAAAACAUGUGGAUAUUUCUUAAAGCAGAAUAUUUUAAGAUCAUUUGUGGAUGUUCAAGCAUAUCUUAUUCAAACUAUAUUAUGAUUUAAAAGUUGUAAUUAGCUUAUAUAUAUUAUAAAAAGUACUAAAAUUAUUUUCCUUUUUUGGGCUUGAUAAAGUUUGUUAUGAUAUAGUUUAAUUUAGGACAAACGCUAUAUUAAAUUAUGUGUGAAAAAAGAGCAUGUGAAAAAUGCAACUUUUCUUUACUUUGAAAGUAAGCACAUUUUUAAAAAAAUAUAUAUUUGAGGUUUUAAUUAUACAGCAUUAGUGGCAAAUUUAGAUAAAUUGAUGUUUUUAUUGCUUACUGGCAUAAAAACUGAAUGCAUCAUUUUUCCACAGUCCUGUUCCGAGAAAGGCUGUGCAUCCCAAGUGAUAAAUGUAUAAUUACACAAGUCAUGAAACUGUUAAAUAAUGUUUUAAUGAUUGGAAUGAAAGAAACAUGUUUUACAUUUUUCAAAAUAUCCAUUCUGCUCAGUUGGAAAUUGUAUUGCCAAAGAGCAUAUUUGUAAAUAAUUAAUAAUAAGCGCUGUAUUUCUGCUAUUUUUAAGGUUAUGUUUACUUUUCAAAUAAAGUAAUCUAAUUAUUUUA